AAGCAGAAUUUACUUGUAGGGCUGAGAGGUUUAACAAGGUCAUUUGCAUGCGGCAGCAUUUCUCUAACAUGUUUACAGAAGUGGGAGAGGAGCUGAAUAAGAAGUGCUGCUGCGGCUCAGACGGACGGUGUCUGAGGAAUCUCACCUCUGUCUGCUGAGCUUCUCACAGGAGAGACAAUGUAACUGAGCCACUCUGUAGUGUUCUUUCAAUGGCUUCUGAUGAAGUGGUGGCAAAGAGGGCCAAUCUGGUGGCCUCCAGAAUUCAGUGGGGCCAUGCAGACCUUUCUGAAUGCACUCUGGACCCUGAGACUCAAGGAAGUUCAACCAAUGACAGCGUCAGGAAAUGGCUCUCUACUGCUGUCACUGAGGAAGAUGCAAAGCAUGAGCCACUGCGGAAAUCUCCAGAGUCUGUGAAGAGGAACACCAGCUGUGACGAUGACCUGGCCCUGGGUGUAGAAGCGUCUUUAUAUGGUAUCCAGAGAGUGAGGACGGUGCAGGAUUUUCUCCGGUGGACCAGGUCAAGUCCAUCUGUCAGCAGGUGGAACAGCUUCAACUCAACAACUUCAGAUCACUCAGGACCACUGAGUGUGAUGGACAUACUGAACCUGUGGAAUGAUGACCCAGAAGAGGUUCUCCUGGAUCUGGGCUUUGGCUGUGAUGAACCUGACCUCUCUGGGCGCAUACCUGCUCGAUUCAUGAAUUAUCAGUCCCAGGCUCGAGGGAUAAACCUGCAGGUAUUUCUGGAGGCCCAGAAGAACCGGCUGGACUUGGAAAAUCCAGAUGUCAGCAAUCGAUUCAGACAAAUUGAGGUUCUCCAGCAGGUAACCACAGCGUUCUCAUCCUUGGUGGGUUCCUCCUCUGCCCUCAGAGCCCCCCAUAUCAAAGACCUUUCUCCUGAGGCUCGGGAGAGGAGGAAGCGAAUGAGCAUGCUCUUCAGACAAGCAUCAAAAAAGACUCUCAGUAACUACAAGAAACAAAAAACCCAAGAUCUCUCCCCUUCAUCUGCCUCCUCCCCUCCUCAUGCUGAGUCACAUCUGCCUCCAGCCAGCCUUGGGGACAAAGGAAUCCCCUUAAAAAGAGUAAAAAUUGGACCUGUAGAGACAACGUGUCUGAGCCCUCUGGUGGAGGAGCUAGGACCUGGUCCGGAUGUUCAGUCCCAGCCUCAAGAGGAUACUCUGAUGGCAGAAGAUGGACCGCUUAGGCCAUUGCCCCUGAGGGAAGGUCGCACUGUUUUUCUGAGGAGAAAGAGCCCGGGCCAGGUCAGGGAAUCAUUUGAAAUGGAAGAGAUCCAUAGUUUUGAUGACAACAGUGUUACAGGGGGCUUCAUGGGAGGAGCCGAAAAUCUAGUGCGAUGUGUUGCACGCAGCAGCAGCUGCCAGUCAGACAGCAGUGGUUUCCUGGAGGACCCGGUCAUCCCACCUCAGUCUCAGCAAGAAUCACCAGCACCAGAUCUCAUCAAGGCGCUGCUAGGCCUCUCAGGAGGGAGCACUGACAGCCACAACAGUGAGAGGCCUCCUUCGCCUUCUUCACCUCAUACCUCCCCAACUUUUCCUCCCCCUUCAUCUCUGACGUCUUCUUCACCGCGUCCUUCACCAGAACUACCAUUAGUCUUUGACUGUUCCCGGUCUCCGGCUUUGUUAAGUAACCCAGAGCCGGAUCUUGACAUGUCAGAGACUGGCACACCACUAGAGCAAGCACGGUCUCCUCCUGCUUCAUUCCCUGAACCAGUGUAUGAAAACUCUCCCACUUCUUUUUCCUUUCCAGAGUUAGAGGACAUGAAUGCCCAGUCUAAAACUCCCCCAUCUCCUGCCUCUGUUACCCCCAUCAGCUCUAGAUCUUCUCUGAUUAGAGUGUCAGGGGAGGUUGAAAUGGACAAGGGUAGUCCAUCCCCCAUUCUUGCUUCUGACUCUGACCCCACAGUAUUCUCUGCUGUUUCUAACGCCCCCUCUCCUUCCACUCCUCCUGCUCGCUCUUCAUUUUUAGAUCAAGCAGUUUCUUCCAUGAGUUUCUCAUCUGAGGGUCCAGGAGACACACAGGAGUAUUCUAAUCUAGACUUACUCUUUAGUACUGAUUGCCAAUCAUCUCAUCUUCCUGCAAACCCUUCUGAUUUUCAUUCUGAAGCCUUACAGGGUCCAGAAACUAAUAAAGAAAAUACCCUUACCCAAGACUUAAGAGAACGAAGACACUCUGAUAUGCCUUGUUGUAAACAAACAAAAGAGGAAAAAGAAGUGUCUUCCUCUCACUUACUUCAGUCAGACCAGGACGGACCUUUAGAUCCACCAGAUGUGAUUGUGGACUUCUCUAGGUUUGGGGACUUACAGCCAAGCCUUUCUCCAACGUGUGAGUUCUUGUCAUCAGAAUCCCACUCUCAAGACAGUCUUAUAGGUACACCAGUGGGAGUAAUAUCAGACUCAAGGGAACAGUCCUGCACUCUGCAAGAUUUAUCACAUCCUGAUAAUGACACUUCCUUGGCCUGGCCUGUCCAAGAUGGUCCUGCAGAUAUGGAUCAUGGCUCUUUCUAUGUAGAGGAUACCCUUCAGGGGGAUAGAGAGGGAAGUUUAGACGCUACUUCAGAACAUUACAGCUCACAAACAGAGAGUUUUGCUGGUCUGCCAGAAGAUCCUGAAUUAGUCCAGGACCAAAAGGAAAUAGAUCCACAGGUUCUGUCCUAUGGUUUUCAUGGUGAGCAAUCUUCUGAAAGAGAACCAGAAGAGUUGACUGAAGUCUGUCAAAUGGACUUUGACAGCAAAGAAAGGGGAUCACCAAGAACCUCCUUAGAUUUAAAUGAAGUUCUAGAGGAGCAUGACAGAAACUACAUGGAACCAAAAGGUUUAUUUGAGAUUGAGAGCUUAGACGUGGUAUUUCAAACCUCAGUGGAUGGCUCAGAAGGUGAAAACGGAGAUCUUGAUGCCUACUUUCAACAGCUUGACACUGAACGUCAAGUCUACUGGGCAGAACCCAUCCAGGUUUCCAGUCAAAACUCAUCAGGAAGCUUUGAAGCCUCAGACAGGUCUCUUGAGAAUUUACCCAAAGCACCAACAGCGUUGGACUCACCCUCAACCACAGGCAGAGCUACAUCUUCAUCAUCACCAUCAUCUCCAUCAACCCCAACAAACCCAAAGCCAUCAAGCCGCUCCGUUUCUGUCCAGAUGUCUUCAAAUCCAUCUUCUCAUAUCGUCCACAGGAGGGAUGUUCCCUGCACAGCUGAUUCCAAACACACCCUUCUACCUCCUGUCGUCCCUUUGGACACCUCCUCCCCUUUCCGUGCAGUUCAGUCGUGGACGGACUGGCAGAUUCAGAGAAAUAAUCACUUUAGGAUGUUAUCACAUGGGGCUUCUGCUGACACUGUGCUUAAUGAAGCCACUGGAGUUUCAGAAACUACACAGAGGCCAACACUGAUCUUCUCUUCAUCUCCAUCUCUGCCUCUCCUAUCUAAAGACUGGCAGUCACAUGACUGUCUCCCUGGAAUGGCUAAAGGAGAAAGUACUGUGUCAGUGUCUUUAGACAAAGGUUUGUGGUCUGAUGAGGAGGAAGAGGACGGUAUGAAUGGAAAUGAGGAUGAGAGGGACCUUUGGGAGGGAAAUCAGAUGGCCCAAACAGCGUGCUGCUGCUCCUGUGACCAUCAGGGUCUCGGCUGCAACAAGAAGCAACACAAUGUGGGUAACAUUCCUUACUCGCUGGAUGAGUUGGAAGAGAUGAUGCUGUAUCUGCAGCAGUUUCGCUCAGUGCUGAAUAACAUGGAGGAGCAGCUGUCUGAAGACCAGGCGGCAGUUUUCAGCGCUCUGUCAGAUCAGGACAGGGAGAAAGUUCGGGAUAUAGAGGAGCUGAGGCGAGCGGUGAAGAAGGAGGCUGGAGAAUUAGAGAUGCAGCUGAAUGAGCUGGCCCAUCACUAUGACGACAGCCUGAAGAUGAAGAUGCACCGGCUGUUGGAUGAGCAGUCUCUGCUCUGCACUCAGCUCAGAGUCUCUCUACCUGGGAAGGUACCCACAUCCCUGUACCCUGCCCCCAACAGGACAGUAGCCACUCAGUGCUGUCUCAACCCCAGGAUGCCCUCAGCUGAUGUGGAGGAUGCACAUGUCUCCUCCUGGAGAGAGGAUUCUCCCAGACAGUCACCUCCUGGAUCAGAUCACAUCUGUGAUGGCCUCGCUUGUUCUCCUACUAAGGCAGGGACGGUGGACUUACUGAGCUUCCUCCAGAGGCUGAAGGAGUCUUUGCGUCACUCUGUUAACAUGGACUCGCUGGAAUAAAUGGUGUCAGAGACAACACAUGGGACUGCAUCUAAUCAAUAAUACUGAAAGUUUUCCUCAGUCUCCUUCCUCUCUGGGCCAUCUAUUUCACUGAGCAGCCACAGCUGAUUUACAUUUGCCUUGAUGGACACUCUUUUAGCAAUGCUGGGACUGCAAACACUACACUUGCACUAGCUGCAUGAUAUGCAAACUUCUAAAUGACUAUUUUAAAAAAGAGGAAUAAUGAGCUAACACUGAAGCAAAAGAGACGACUCUGAGUGAAGCUGUUUAAUCAGCUGUUUCUAGGGUAAUAAAAGUUUGAGGUUUUUUUUUUUUAUAAUGAUUUUAUUUCACUUUAGGGCUCUACUCAGUGAAAACACAAUGACUUGUAUGAAUUAUUCUGCUAUAAUAAACAAUGAACACUGAUGCUGUUUGUUGUUCAUGUUCUCAAUGAGCUUUUCUUUUAUGAUAAAAACACAUCAGGCCUAUUGUGUCUGUAGAGGAGGUUUAAAAACCUUAACAAAGUGCAUCACCUCCUUCAGAGCAGGAUGUUCCAAUGACCAAAUUACAAUCCCUCAUUAAGACAUCAAAAGGCUUUGACUAAAAGGAGAGGCACAAGUGUUUUAUUUGUGGGAAAUGGAGCUUGUAUAACUGACCUGAUGCAGGAUAACAAAAAGACUUUCAACCAUGUGUUUUCCUCUGCUUAUCUAUAGCCAACAUCACUGCCUUAAAAAGUGCCACACUCAGUUUAAGAAAGGAUUUAAGAAAUAUUAAGUAAGGGUAAAUGCCUGACGAGGUGUCCAGUUAUCAGGAAUUAAUGGACGACAUGCAGCGGAAGACCAUUCUCUACUAUUCUGUUAGAGACAUGUCAAUAUUUAUCAGACAUUGUCAUGCCGGGUUAUUGGAAGCAUUUCCUUUGGCUCU